AGGAAGUUCAGAAGUGGCAGAAGAUGGAUUUCCCUUCUCCAUACUUGAAUGCUAGAAGAUUUGAACUUGCUGAUCCUAAAGCUCAAAAAAGAGUGGUAGCAGUGCUUCACGAGCUCCUCAGUUUGACUAUGGAAAAGAGGCUGAGGGAGAGCACAUUGUGUGACUGCUUCGCAUGUUUGACCAGAAUACAGAGUUACAGAAAUCAAAGGAGUUGAAGAGAGAUUGAUGGAUCGCAAUCGAAGUCCACAAGGUGAAACCGCCCAGAUUCUUGUAGAAUUUUUAGAAGUUGCCAUUACGUCAGUUGUAUUCCUCAAAGGAGUUUAUCCAAGUGGGGCAUUUGAAAGGCGGCGUUACAUGAAUGUUGUGGUUCAAAGAGCUAGACACCCGGAGCUUCAACAAUAUAUCCAUUCUUCUGUCAAUGGACUUUUUCCUUUCAUACAAAAGGGAUUGGUUGAGAGAGUAGCAGUGAUUUUUUUUGAUAGCAACAACGUACCUCUCGAGAGAUUUGUUUUCAAGAUAAAUGUGAACCAGUCCUAUGGUUCAAAGUUGGAGGAAGCUGAUCUGGAGUUUUCACUUAAAUCAUUUUUGAUCAAGCUUCCUUUGUCACAAUCGUUAAUGAAGGUUCUUCCACCAACUUCGACAGAUUGCAGCUGGGAGAUAACAGCUUACUUUCGCUCUCUCCCGCAGAGUAGUACAAGCAAAGAUGCAGAAAUGUGGGUCCCAACAGAUACCCGGCAGUGGCAGCAAGCACCUCUUAUAACUCCUAUCAAGUCCAUGAGUAGUGAACCUCUAGGUGUCCAGUUAUAUCUUGAACAUCCAAGUCUCUCUGAACCAAAGGCUUAGAGAGGGCCAUCUCAGAGGCAUUUGUUAUGGAGCUAUUCCAACAUCUUAAGAUAUUGUGUGUUAAUGCAAUCACUCCGAGGUUAUAGAAUUCAUGUACUUGUAUAACAAAAGGUAGUAAAGAAUUUGUAAAGGUGCCAAGAAGAUCUUAUUGUGGUGUAUUCUUGACUUCUUUCUACUUUUCCUAUAGUUUUUACUGCAUAUAUUAAGGUAGAUUAGGCAUAGUGGGAGAGAUCCAUGGAAUGACAUUGCCUCGGUGCGAGAUUACGCAAGGCCACAAAGAAAACGAACAUAGUUAUGUGUACCAGAUUAUGUGGAAAAGCACCUGAUAUUCAUGUUGGUCCAGGUUUGUAUCAGUUCA